AUUAUGAUUCAUGAUCACGAUUUAAAAGUAUUAAUAAGUGACUUAUGACCUUUUCAUAAUUCAACCAUAUAGUAUAACUACAUAAAAGAGAGAAGGCCCCAUGUGAAAAUAAUGUAUAAAUUCUCCACCUAAUCUGAUGUCCAGGAGGGGUCACUUCAGCAUAUGCAUUUUUUGAUGACUCAUAAGGGUCUACAAUGUUUGAACAGUAAAAUUCCACAUCCACGUUUAUGUUAAAAUCCCCGCCAAAGCGAAGGGCGUCGUAGGCCUAUAUGUAAGGUUACGUUUCUGUCCAAUGGUCUUUUCAGCAGAAAAGCAUCAAUGAUAUGUUUGUUUUCUGGUUUCCAAGGGGAGGAGCGUGCGAUUCUUCCUUCACUUCACUGGCCCUUUGGUUUUGUCAUGUUGCGUCUGUCCAUCCCUGCGUUCGUCUGGCAGGCACAGCAACCGACUUCCGCAUUCCCAAAUCCUCAAAAUAGGGAUCGGUAAAGAAACGGGCUGAUGCAACGAUAUCCACUUUUUAAAAUCUACUCGAGACCCUCUGCUGAUCCGAAAAAAGGAUAUCUGCUGAACACGGAAACCACUCCAGCUGUGGUCGUGGGAGGGAGUAACAUGAUGCCCGGGCCGAUCCCUGAUCCCUCUGUGGCGGCCGGCUCCUUACCCAGCCUGGGUCUGCUGACGGGCAUCUCUGCCACGACGCUGACUGAUCAGCUGAAGUAUGCUGACCUGUGCAGCCUGGGUGCCAUGCUCUCCCCGCUGCACCUGCUGGGCAAGAGGGCCAAACGGGUAAUGAAGGCUGAGAGGGAUGAGGAGGACGACAGGAGGAAAAGAAGGCGAGAGAAAAACAAAGUGGCUGCAGCGCGAUGUCGAAACAAAAAGAAGGAAAGAACGGAAUAUCUGCAACAGGAAUCGGAAAGGCUAGAGAUGAUGAAUUCUGAUCUCAAGGCCCAGAUUGAAGAGCUGAAGCAUGAACGUCAGCAGUUGAUCCUUAUGCUUAACAAACACCGACCCACUUGUAUUGUGCGGAGGGACAGUGUCACAGUCAUGACCCCUGACAGUGAGGCCAACCCCCUCUUGGAACAGCUGCAGGCAGACACCAAGUUAUGAGCUUGGGUGGUGUCCUGAGCCAUCACUGUGGUUAAUGUUUACUGCAAAGCCUCAGAAGGCCUAGCUAGCCAGCCAGCCAGCCAGCUAGAAGCACUUAGCUCAAAACUCUGGAGCACUGCACCGAGGCACAGAGGAGCACUCCUGCCUGCAAGCCUGGAGGUUGAACCCUUGAUGAGAAAAAUGAAAAACAGAAAGAAUUGGCCCAAUGCAAUUGGGCUUUCUCACAGAUGCCAAGACGUUUUCAUUACUUUGUUGUCAUUUACUGACAUCGAAGCCUUUUGCAUUUCUCACUACAUCUAGUAGGUUAGAACAAACCUCUACAUUACUCCAGAUCCUGGGUUCUUUUGAUGUGUUAUUUUUGGAUAUGCUCAUGUACAAUGAGUCUAAAUAUGAUUGUGGUAUUGAUUUAGAUCUGUACUGGACCGUAGUUGCCGUUUAUAUAUUUUCUUUUCUGACGCAGGCGUCAUUUAUGCAUUUAUGAAGUUUACAUCUUUGUUACAUACAAUUAUAUACAUCCUUUUUAUACUACAUGUACAUUUAUAUAACAUUUACCUUAUGCUAUCACUAGAUGUGAUACAUUUUGUAUUACUGUCUCAAAUGGUUAUACAUUAUUUUUCCAUAGCUUUGGGUCAAGCUCAAGCAUAUGUAUUGUACGCAAUAUUGACAACUCUUAAAGAUAUUUCUCAAGAAUUGACUGCAUGUUUGGAUGACUCCUGCUAGACUUAACAUACCUCUGCAUUGCAUCAGACUCAUCUAAUAUUCCAGUCUUAUUUAGUUGUUGUUUCAUGGCUGUGAAAAAAUGCAAAUGACCAUACCAUUCAUGACAAGUUUUCUAUACAAUAACUUUUCUAUAUCAAAAAUGUAUUUAGAUAGCAUUUAUUUUGCAGACAAUAAAACAAUAUUUUCCAGUA